AUGGAACAUCUCCUACCAGAACAGCAAAAAGAAACAUUAUUUCAGGCAGCAUAUAUAAAAGCCUUAAUAGACAACAAAAAGAACUUGACCCAGUGGAAGGAAUAUAAGGAAAAAUACGAAGAAGUGAUAGAAAAUCUUAAAUUCUACAAUGAAAAGCAUCAGCAUUCCAUACUUCUGCCAGUAGGCAGCAAGGCUUACGUAAAAGGUAAGUUAGUACACACUAAUGAUGUUUGGGUCACAUUAGGAUGUGGUUGGUUCCUUAAGACAAGUACCAAAAAGGCUGUAGAGAUCUGUGAAAGAAGGAUAAAUUCAGCCAAUGAACUAAUUGAAAAAUGGGAAAAAGAAAGUGCUCUGUUGGAAAAUAUGAGAAAUUUUUCUAAAAAAAGGGAUGCUUUUGAGAGUGAAGAUACUAAAGAAGUAAUAGAACCAUAUGAUGAAGAAAAAGAAAAAGAUUGGAAGCUGAAACAUAGGGAAAAAGAGAAACAUUAUCGACAACAGUUGAAAGAACUUAAAGAAAAAACUGGUUCUGCUAACAUUAAUACUGAAAAGGAUAUCUGGGAACAUCUAGAAGCUUUAGAGCUACAAGAAGAGCUUGAAGAUGAAUUGAACAGAUUGGGUUGUGACUCUGAAUCAAGUAGUGAAGACGACGAUAGUAGUGAAAGUAGUGUUUCAAAUGACAAUACAGAGGAAAUUCAAGAACCGAUAGAAAAUCCUAUUCAGAUAAACGAAAUUUCGGAUAGUAAACCUACAUCAAUAAUAGUUAGUGAUACUAACAUCAAAUCUAAAAAGAAAAGUGUUACCUUUAACUUAGCCCCAGACGAUACAUCAAGUAAAAAUACUCCAAAAGAAUCUAUCAUUAAUGAAAACAAUGCUUUACAAGAAGCAGUAUCAGACACAGUUUAUGAAAAUGUUUCUAAACCAUCUUUGUCAUUAAAUAAUAAUGAACCUAAGCGACCAAUCAGUAAAUUUAAAAUGAAUCGUAAAUAG